AUGGCAUCACCAUCAGAUCACAAUCAUGCGCGCAUACCAGCAGCGGAUCAAUAUCCGCUGUUUCAGCUCUCCACCAUGCUCCCUUCCUCGCCCUCCCCAUCUAUUCCCCUCACCCCGUCAUCUUCUCCCUCCUCCCCCGCUCCGUUCCCUUCCUCCUCCGCCUCCCCCUUCUGGCGCAUGCCCCUCUCCCCCUCCCGCGUCUACCUUAUUGAUUCAGCCGCCUCUUUCCGGGCGGCAAGGGUUGACGUUAUCCUGUCCAAGGCAAUCAUGGUGGGGCUUGAUGCUGAGUGGCGGCCGUCCAGACUCCGACGGGAAAUGGCUGAGCUGGCACAACAGGCUGACAUGUCUAAACAGGCUGUCGUAGCAGCUACAUCAUCACUUCAAGCAGCAGCAGCAUCAGCAUCAGCAACAUCAGUAGCAGCAGCUGCUGCAGCAGCAGCGUCAUCUGCGGACAUGCUUCCCCCUCAUCGUGUGGCCCUGCUGCAAAUAGCAUGUCGUGUGCCGCUUGGAACAUGCGGCCACCAUGAGCGUGACAACAACGGGAGUGGCAAUGAUGCACGUACACCAGGCAGUGGCGAGCAGUCGCAGCAGCAGGGGGGAGAGGAGCAGAUUGGCGGGGUAUCAGCAGGGGGGCAAAGCCAGCCACAGCAUGUGGGGCAGCGUGAGAGUGAAACACUAUCAUUGCCACAUCAGGCGGACAGUUUGCAACCAACGGACAGGUGGCAGAAUACGGAUGGGUGGGAGGAGGUGGUGCUGCUUCUGGACCUACUGUCGCUGCCGCCUUCUCUCUAUGCCUCUCCACUCCGCGCCAUGCUGCGUGCCCCUCACACCCUCAAGCUCGGCUUUGCCUUCUCAGACGACCUCGAGUUCCUCCACCAAUCUCUCCCUUCAUACCACCGCUCCCUGUCCUCACACCACCACUCCCCCUCUCCAGACCACCACUCCCUGUCCCCGAACCAUGACCAACGAUUUCUCCCCUCAGGCCAUCCCUCAGAGCACGAUAUUUCAGGCCACGAUCACCCCUCCCAGGACUGUUUCCACCACGUGGCGCCCUUCAUAGACAUCGGCACAGCCUACCACGCCAUUCGCCGCACGCGCCUGCACCUCAAGCGCGACAACCUGCUCUCGCUCCUCACCGCCGCCGCCCCUCCCGGCUCCCUGGCCGCCAGAUCAGUGCUGCCGCCCGCAUCUGGGCUGUCAGCGCUGGCGCAGGUGCUGCUGGGGGCGGGGCUGGACAAGGAGUUGCAGUGCAGUGACUGGGAGCAGCGGCCGCUGUCACGCCACCAGCUGCACUAUGCUGCUGCUGAUGCCCUCUGCCUGAUUCACAUGGCGCUCGCGCUGCUCCCCCUCGCUCUGCGACCCCAGGCCCUCUCUUCCCAUGCCCUUUCCGCGCAUGCCCUUUCCGCGCAUGCCCUUUCCGCGCAUGCCCUUUCCGCAAAUGGAAUGGGGCAGGUUGGACUAGCAGCAGUACAUGGAGGCCCAUCCACUUCACCAUCCCUGACUGCAACCCUCACCGCAGCCAGCAGCACCACCCCUCUCGUUGCUGCCCUAUCAGAGUUCAUAGAGGAACAUUCCCACACGCUCUCCCUCUGCCACAUCACUGGCAAGGUGCGCUCUGUGGGAAAGAGCACGGACGGCAUUAACAACAGCACCAGCACUAGCAGCGGCAGCGACAGCAGGGCGAGUUCAGGCCAAGGGCGUGCAGGGAAGGGUAGGGAUGGCUUAGGGAAGCGGUUGAACUCGAGGAAAGGGAGGAAGCAGGCACGAGAGAGCAAGAUGAGAGAGGAAGGGGAGGAGGCGACAGGAGGGGAAGAAGGAGAGGGAAGCGGGGAGUCAGGGCGAGGGUCAAGAGGAGAAGCAGCGGGCAUGGCUGUAGCAUGCGAGGUUGAGUCGCGUCGCAAUGAGGCGUGUUCAAACGAUGCCCUGCCUGCAGGGGAUGCUCGUACUGACAGGCCACACAACGGACUGGUGUCACCAUAUCAUGCAGUGCGCCCAAGUGACAUGCAUGGGAACGGAUUGGUGCCGCCGUGGGAUGAGUCACGGGGAGGGGAUGGGCGGGCGAGGUUCCUGUGUGACUCCAUGGUGGAGGGGCUGGCGCGGCAGCUGUGGUGUGUGGGUGUUGACACCGCAUCCCCCAAGACUCUCGGCCGAGACACAUGUGACACCAGGAAGCUGAUAGAGUGGGCAGAGAGGGAGGGCCGUGUGCUUCUAACGAGGGACGUGAAGCUCUUCCGGCGCCGCCUGCUGCCGCCCACCCACAUGCACCUCAUUAGAAGCACCGACAAGCGCGAGCAGCUCCGCGAGGUGGUAACCGCGUUCCGCCUGCUCCUGUGCGAGUCCUCGCUGCUCUCGCGCUGCAUCCGCUGCAACGGCACCUUCAAGCCGCAGGCGUUGGGGCCGUCAGAGGCAGCGGCGGCGGCACCAUGGACACAGAUCGUGCCGAGUCACGUGUUGGAUCGCGUAGCGGAGUUCUGGCAGUGCUGCCAGUGCCAGCACCUCUACUGGGAGGGCUGCCAGUUUGAUCGCGCAAUCAAGCAAUUCACAGAGGUGUGCCAGCUGUCGGCUGCGCUGGCACAGACGAACAUUUCAGCCAAUGGUUGA